AUGGCAACGCUCAUCCAGCAAAACCUCCAAUCCAAAAAUGCCGAGUUCGCUUCGAAAUUCGACAAGGGGCACCUUGCUCUCCCCCCGGCUAAAAGUUACCUCGUCGUGACGUGCAUGGACGCUCGGAUCGACCCAGCAGCAGCAUUUGGUAUCGACCUCGGCGACGCCCACGUAAUCCGCAACGCAGGCGCCAACGCCCGCGAUUCACUCCGCUCAAUCGUCAUUUCGCAACAGUUGCUAGGGACAAAGGAGAUUCUCCUCGUCAAGCAUACCGGAUGUGGAAUGCUGACCUUCAGGAACGAGGAUGCUCGUGCACUUGCGGAGAAGAAUCUCGGCUCCCACAUUAAAUCGGAGGUUGAGGCGUUGGAUUUUCAGCCUUUCCCGGAGCUGGAGGAGGCCGUGAGAAAGGAUGUGCAGUGGUUGAAGGAACAGGCGUUGGUGAUUCCCGGUAUCCCAAUUUCCGGGUGGGUGUAUGAGGUCGAGACGGGGAAAGCCCGACAAAUAGUUUGA